AUGAGCCGCGGUGAUCGCGAUCCCGAAUCAACACCAGUGGACUGGGCAGAGCUCUACAUCGCUCUCGUCCCCCUCUACCACGAUCAAAUCGAACGGGAGAAUACUGAUAAAUUGAAAGCCGCAAAAGUCGAGGAAGCAAGACACGCCCGCGAAGACGAGAAGGUGGACGGGGCAGGAAAAGAGAUGCUCACCGCGGAGAAUAUCGAACAGCGUGAGGAGCGAGAACAAAUGGAAGAGGAGUGGAAGGAGAGCAAAGACGGAGAAAGAAAGGAGCAGGAGGAUGAGGAAAGACAGGAGCAAAAGUGUAUAAGAGAGGAAAGGCGGAGGAGUAUUGAAUGCUCUCAAGAGGCAAGGGGUCUUUGCAGAAUCUUGGGGAAUCCGUGGCUCAACUCAAAACUAGCUAGCUAA